UUGACGGGACUUGUAGUUAGAAUCUGCCGUCGCCAGUUGCCGCCUCCGUUGCUAGCCACACCGUCGCGGUUACUAAGGAGUGGGUGGGGAAGGUUGUGGCAAGCGCCACCGUGGAGCGACUCCGAGAUUCCCGUGAGGCUCGCAGGCGUGCACUCCGCCUGACAGAGACCUCGCCUCCGCGGGUUCUUCGGAGGCGGAAACGACGCCGAAGACAGGUAAAGAGACAGGUAAAGAAGCAAAAGCAAAAGGAAGGCAAAGAAUCACUCCCGAAGUCAAAGAUCAGGGAGAUGGUGUCUUCAGGAAUAUACAAAAUGGAUAAUGGGAAACCUUGCCUCAACAACUGCUUUCCAGCCAAAAGUCUCCUUCGGUUGCCGGAAGAAGGCCGAGGACACUGGCUAGUGGCUCGGAAAGGCAGCAUGAAGAAAGGUGUGGCUAAGGCAUCCACCGAAGGUCAGGAAAACCAGAAGAAAGUUUCUUUCGAUACUGGGUUGAAGAAAAUAUCUCGGCGGGAUAGCCAGGCAGAAAUUGGUGGACAUAUCUUGGACCGGUCCUUUCUGCUCAAGCACCACUCUGCCAGAAAGCCAUCAGAACUUUGCACUAUCAACGUGAGUGGCAUGAAGUUCUCCAAGGCAAAGGAAAAGGACUUCAAACACUUUACGUCUGUGAUUUAUAUCAAUGCCUCUGAAAACCUGCUGCCUCUAGAUGUCUUUCACACAUUUCCAACCCUAAAGGAGUUGGAGCUUGCGUUCAAUGGCAUCAAGAUGGUCUAUGUGAAAUAUGGAGACUUCAAGACAUUGGAAUUCUUGGACCUUUCCUUCAACAGCCUGACUGAGGAGGCCAUCUGCGAUCUGGGGAUUCUGCCACAUCUCCGUGUGCUGCUGCUCACGGGCAACGGGCUCACCUCUCUACCACCCAACAUGGCUGUCAAAGAGCAGGAGGCAUCUGUGACAUCAUUGACAAGCAAGAAGUACAUCCUGAGGUUCCCGGCGCUGGAGACCCUGAUGCUGGAUGACAACAAACUGUCCAAUCCCAGCUGCUUUGCCAGUCUGGCUGGGCUCAGGAGACUGAAGAAGUUGAGCCUGGACCAAAACAAGAUUUUCCGGAUCCCAUACCUACAACAGGUUCAGCUCCGUGAUGGGACAGGGGACUGGGUUACAGAGGGGCCAAAUUCCCAGAAAGAGCUGCAGCCCCAGAUGUGGAUAUUUGAGACACCUGACGAGCAGCCAAAUUAUACCGUUCUGCCCAUGAAAAAGGAUGUCGACCGCACAGAGGUUGUGUUCUCUUCUUACCCUGGAUUUUCAACCUCAGAGACAACCAAGGUAUGUUCACUUCCUCCCAUAUUUGAGAUUCUUCCUGUGAAGUCACUAAAAGCAAGGAACCAGACGCUGGCCCCGCCUUUCCCAGAGCUGAGAUACCUUAGCCUGGCCUACAACAAGAUCGCAAAGGAGGAUGCCGUCCUGCCAGCAGCUCUCUUUCCCUCCCUCUGUGAGCUCAUCUUCCAUAACAACCCUUUGGUAGCACACACACGAGGGAUCCCACCACUGCUGAAGAGUUUCCUCCAGGACCGCCUGGGUAUCCGCUUAGUUCGAAAGAAACUGGUAAAGCCUAAGCACCACAUGUUGAUGCCUCGGAAGGAAUCGCGGAAGGUGAAAACCUACAUCCCCAAGGUGUCGAAGCAUUCUCUGGUCCCCCAUCACCUCAGCACGAUCACAGACAAUCGUCCAUCAAGUCUCCUGCCGGAGCCGGAGCUCUCCACUGAAAACACCUCUCACGAGGCACUGUUCACCAACGAGGGCCCAGAAGGCCCUCCUGUAACUCACCGGGCCUUUGUGCCGAUGCCUCCCAUCUGCUCCGACUCCACCGUUCACAGUGAUAUAGUGUCCCACCAGAGCCGGACAGCCGGCCUCAUGAGCCCAGAGCACCCAUCAGAUGACGACGCCAAGAGUACGGAGUCUAUCUUCCUGACCCAGGUGAAUGAGCUGCCAUCCUCCACCGUCCACAGGGACAACUUGGAGGCAGAGGAGAGUCACCAAAGGAGGCCAUCAACAGCACCCAGAGAGACAAAGAGGACUCGGAGGAAGCAGACCGCUACCUCUUUGCACAACAAGUAUGACGGCUAUGAGGAGCUGCUCACAGUCAAGCCUGACCCAGCCUUUGUGGAGCCAAAGGGCAUCCAGAAAAAUGCACAGGCCCUGCAUCGCAUGUUGAAGCAGCCGCUCAUCUGCCGCUCCUCCAAGCCCAGGCUGGACACUUUCCAGAAACCCUACAUUCCCAAAGAGAAGAGGGUUGCGAGGAUACCGAUUCCACCCCCUCGGAAGACCCGAGCGCAGCUGCUGGAUGAUAUCCUCAUUCGCAUGCGAGACCCUCGGAACGUUACUGAGGCUCCACUGGGCGCUGUGUUGCAGCGGCGUGGACAGCAGCGACUAGUGAACCAGAAGCAAUACCGGGAGGCCAAGCGGUUGCUCAAGGAGUUCCGCGCACGCUACCGGCAGCUGGUGCGCAGCUCGCUGCGGACUGUGUUCACCUCCAGCCCGCCGCCCAGGCCGCCCACCCGCCGUGCGCUGAGCGCCGGCCAGCCCAAGUUGGGCCGCUUCCUCGAGUUCAUGGACGAGUUCUGCCAGGAGCCCACGGCCGGCGACUCGAAAGAGUAGAGCUGGGCACCGCCCUCCCCAAGGGCUCUGCGCCCUGGACCGUGCCCAGCCCUGAACAGAAGGGGCUUCGGCUCCAUUUCGCUCCGUGGUCAGCCUGGGGAACACAGCAGGACCUUGCCUCUCAGCCCGGCCAGGCCGCACCUGGUGGCUGGCCCAGCAGCAAUAAAGAGUGGUGUAGAGCAAUA